UUGAUUCUCAUCUUUAGUACAGUUCACUUGGCUGCAACCAUGAUCAUGAAAUCAAGCAAGUUCUCUGUUCUCAUUCUUCUUCACAUUUUGCUUGUGAUACAACUUUUCUCUACUCAGUGUGUUUCUCAAGAUUUUGAUUUCUUCUAUUUUGUUCAAUCAUGGCCAGGGUCUUACUGCGACACCAAACGUGGUUGCUGCUUUCCAUCGACUGGCAAACCAAGAGCAGAUUUUGGAAUUCACGGGCUCUGGCCAAAUUACAAGGACGGUUCUUAUCCAUCCAGUUGCGAUCGUGAUAGUUUAUAUGAUCCAUCAGUGCUUUCAGACCUCAAAUGGGAUUUACAAAAAAACUGGCCAACGCUUGCUUGUCCUAGUGGCAAUGGUGAUGCAUUUUGGGGACACGAGUGGAACAAACAUGGAACCUGCUCAGAAUCAUGCCUUAACCAGCAUGACUACUUUGCAUCAGCUCUGAAGUUGAAGAGAAAAAUAAAUCUUCUCAGAAUCCUUACAAACUCAGGCAUAAAACCAGAUGGAAGGUUUUACAGCUUAAACCGCAUUAAAAAAGCCAUAAGAGACGCAACUGGAUUUAUUCCAGGAAUACAAUGUAAUGUUGAUGGAGACGGUAAUAGUCAGCUCUACGAAAUCUACAUCUGCGUUGAUAUAAAUGGUUCUGAAUUAAUCAGGUGUCCAGUACUUCCCAGACAGAGGUGCAAAUCUACUGUUGAGUUCCCCUAUUUCGGAGCAAUUACUAACACCGACACUGGCGCAACAGGAACUGUAGAAGAUGCGGAUGAUCUCAAACUAUCUGCAGCUUAAUUUAAGUACAGUUUGUUUCUGUUUGUUUUGGUUUGACUCCGAACUAGUAUGAAACUUGUUGAUUCAUGUUCAGUUAUCGUAUCGGUUAAGCAAUCGGCUAGUGGAACCAUCUGGUUACUGCUUUCUUUCUUCUCUUAGUUGAAUUAAAUGGAGUACAAAUUUUGAAAUC